AAGCUUUUACCAAUUCCAUUACGAACAUGGUUAUGGUUACCAGUUCCUUUUCGAUCACUUGAUUUUUAUGAUAAAUAUUUAUUUGGAAAAAAAUGUUUUAAAUGUAAGAAAAAAGUUCAUUUAAUGACAAAUGAUGAAGAUAUUCAUAAAAAUGAAACUUAUAUUGAUGACAUUGUAGAAUAUCUAUAG